AUGUCUGAUUUGCAAGAUAGGGAGCCUAGCAUUAUUAUCAACGGGGAUUUGGGUCCCGAAGAGGAGGAAGAGACAGUUGUCGACGAGCAAAUUGCUCAGGACAUCGAGGCCGAGGAAGCCGAUGAGGGGAAGAUAAAAAAGACGGUUACCUUUUCCGAGGACGCGGAAUCUGAGGAGGAGAGGAGGCUGAGGGAGUUUGAGGAAGGUGGCGGUUUGCCUGAACAGCCAGAAAACCCAGAUUUCUCCAAAUUGAACCCACUUUCUCAAGAGAUUAUCAGUAGACAGGCUACCAUUAACAUCGGUACCAUUGGUCAUGUCGCUCACGGUAAAUCUACGGUUGUGAGAGCCAUUUCUGGGGUCCAAACCGUCCGUUUCAAGGAUGAGUUGGAGCGUAACAUUACCAUCAAGCUGGGCUACGCGAACGCGAAAAUUUACAAGUGUGAGGAACCUACGUGUCCUGAACCUGACUGUUACAGAUCAUUCAAAUCCGACAAGGAGGUGUCCCCCAAAUGUCAAAGACCAGGCUGCCCUGGGCGUUACAAGUUGGUGCGUCACGUAUCGUUUGUCGAUUGUCCCGGCCACGAUAUCUUAAUGAGUACUAUGUUGUCUGGUGCUGCCGUCAUGGAUGCCGCACUUUUGCUGAUUGCAGGGAACGAGUCCUGUCCACAACCACAAACGUCUGAGCAUUUGGCAGCUAUCGAAAUCAUGAAGUUGAAGCAUGUCAUCAUUCUCCAAAAUAAAGUCGAUUUAAUGCGUGAGGAGAGUGCAUUGGAGCAUGAAAAGUCCAUCUUGAAGUUCAUCAGAGGUACGAUCGCUGACGGCGCACCAAUUGUGCCAAUCUCCGCGCAACUGAAAUACAACAUUGACGCUGUCAAUGAAUUUAUCGUCAAGACCAUCCCAGUUCCCCCAAGAGACUUCAUGAUCUCCCCACAACUGAUCGUCAUCCGUUCCUUCGAUGUGAACAAACCAGGUGCCGAGAUCGACGACUUAAAAGGUGGUGUUGCUGGUGGUUCCAUCUUGAACGGUGUUUUCAAGCUAGGGGACGAAAUCGAAAUUAGACCAGGUAUCGUAACCAAGGACGACAAGGGUAAGAUUCAAUGUAGACCCAUCUUUUCGAACAUUGUUUCCCUGUUUGCGGAACAAAACGAUCUGAAGUUUGCCGUCCCAGGUGGGCUGAUAGGUGUGGGUACCAAAGUUGACCCAACGUUGUGUAGGGCGGAUCGUCUUGUUGGUCAAGUCGUUGGUGCCAAGGGCCACCUACCAAAUGUUUACACGGAUAUUGAAAUCCACUACUUCCUGCUGCGUCGUCUGUUGGGUGUCAAGACUGAAGGCCAGAAACAGGCAAAGGUUAGAAAAUUGGGGGUCGAUGAAGUCCUCAUGGUCAACAUUGGGUCCACUGCCACUGGUGCCCGUGUUGUAGCCGUCAAGGCUGAUAUGGCACGGCUGCAGUUGACCUCUCCAGCCUGUACUGAAGUUAAUGAGAAAAUUGCCUUGUCUAGACGUAUUGAAAAGCAUUGGCGUCUGAUUGGUUGGGCCACUAUCAAGAAGGGUACGACUUUGGAACCAACCGUUUAG